UGUGUGUGUGUGGGUGGGUGUGUACAGGGAUCUGGCGUUCUGCCCUGUCAGUCUCAGACACACCCACUGAGCAUCAGAUGAUUGCUGCAGUAGUGUUUCAUGUCGGACGUGUUGGUGGUGUUGAAGCUGGUGGAUUUACAGAAUGGCGAAGAGCAGCAGCUCUACGAGGAAAUCCCUGAAACACCUGUUCUUCUCCAAAAGCACAGCAGAUCUGCAGGAAUUUGGCGAGAAAAAGGAGAGCAAAAUCCACACACUGUUCAAACGCAAAGAGAAGAAAAAAGACAAGAGAGUGGACUCUCCUGAUCCUGCACAAGCAGAAGAGCACGAUGGAGGACACUGGAAUGCUGAGUCUAUUUACGCCACUGCACCCAGGUCAAAGAAGGGUCUGUUCUCUCAAUCUGAGACCGACCUCCAUAAACCCAAGCGCUAUGCAACGUUCUCUUUCACCUGGAAAAGAAAGAAGAAAGAUAAAAAUCUCUCUCAGAGCUUCUCGACUAUCGAUGUGGCAUCAGAGGCCAGAGGUCACAGAAAAGAACCAGAGGAUGAAGACACAAUAGAACCUUCCUUCAGAGGAAGUGAAUCAGUAGACCAUGACCCUGAAAGCACAAAUGCAGGAGACCUUAAAUUAGCAAACACAGAGAACAUGUCUAUCCCAUACAUUGACUCCUCGGUUUCUGGAAGCGAUGGAUUCAGGACUCCUCCAGAAAGUCCUUCUCAAUCGCUUCCUGAAAUGUACAAAUCACAAAGUUCAGAGGAAUUACUUGGGAAUGCUAUAGAUAUUACCAGUGAAGAAGGUUCCAGCUUAUCCCCCUGACCUCGACAAAGCCCUCACACACGAGUUCCUCAAACUCACUUGCCAGAACAUUUGAAGGCCAUUUCACACCAAUCAUUCACACUUCCACCAGCAAUGUGGAAACCUCCUCCAUCAACAGUUCACUCAUAACCAAACAUAUUCCGGAACAGAGCAGCAGUGCUGAUAGCUGGGAUCAUUCUCUCCUGCUUCAUCAGAGGGACACGGGCAAAAAAUAUCCGAUCAGAUCACCUGAAUCCACCUCACAUGGAGAUGCUGCUGAAAUAUUUGAGGAGCUAAACGCUAACCUGUCCCUGGACAAUCCUGAACAGUGCUCCACUCAGCUCGAUGAAAUUAUUGAUUCUAAAAAAAACCCAGAUGUAUUACAUUACAAACCUGAGAUAGGAUUCUACCGAGACAUUUCUGAUGUCAUUGAUGACACUCUCCAGGACAAUGAAAGGAAAAACGAGGAGAACUUUGUUUAUGAUGAAAGGAAAAACGAGGAGAACGUGGUUUAUAAUGAAAGGAAAAACGAGGAGAACGUGGUUUAUAUUGCAAGCUCUGAUUGCAUUUUGUCCCUGUCACAUGAAGUUCCUGGAGAAUUUGUGUCUCUUUCCAGUCCAGAGAUCGAGGUAGAUGAUUCUCCACAGAUCAUCCACCCAACAACAGAAAGUUUCAGCUUUUUGUUAGUUGAAAAUAAUAGCAAUCCAGCUUCAGCAGAUGUUCCUGUUGGUAACCUUGACACAGAUUCUUUACCUCCAUUAACAACAACAAGCUUCAUGGUUUCUGACCAUACACCUUCAACAUUUAACCAGUUGAGAUCUUCAAACAGCAGUGACUUAAAUCACAACACAAACAUCUCAGUUCUGCUUUCUGAUCCUGACCAUCCAAAGCAUGAACCUGAACCUCAAGAACUGACCAUUUCCACCAGUCUUCUGCAUGAUACCUUUAACACACCUUGGUCUCUUGAAAGCUUCUCCACUCCCACUGAUCUUUCUCACCGAUCUUUCUCUGAAGACUGGGAAUCAGAGAUAUUCAAAGGAAACAAUUUAGAGGAAGAUGAAUGUGAUGAAGGAAUUUAUGACCUCUCUACUCAAGAACUCAAGAGAAAAUCUGCAGUGUUUGAGAAGGAACCUCAGACAACAAAUAGUGAGCCUGUGUGUGAGUGUGUGAUACGUGAAAACGAUUUUGACACCUUUAAUUUGGUUGAUAAGAUAAAUGAUUUAGCUGACAUGAAAUAUUCUCAAGCUGAUAAAAUUACAGGAGAAAACAUCACAAGAAACCUUGAAGAACCAAGAACAUUUACAACCAAGAACCUGCUUGGAUCAUAUUCCAUCACUACGGAGAGAAAGGAGUCUGUUAAAGAAAAUACAUUUUUCGUGGAUCCAGGGUUUGUUAGGGAUGAAGUACAGUUAAGUGGAGAAAGUGAGGCAGCACCAGGUGAAGUCGAGCGACAGAUCUUGACAGAAGAUCUUGCUAUUAUCAAACCAGACACUCCAGUUCUGCAAGUGUGUGUGUCUCAGGAAUGUGUCCCUGCCCCUCCCUGCAGUCUGCACAGUGAAGUGUCACUCGGAGACCGCAAGACAGAAACGCACCUGUACGUGGAGGCAGGGUCAGGCCCCUCCCAGGAGUCUGGAUCUCCCACACUGCCACAGUGGGACGAGUCGGCAGGGGGUGGAGCAAACGCAGAUAUCGGCAGGCUCCAUGUGGAUAGAGACGACAUCAAUACACAGGAGACAGAGACACGUUCUCUCACCUGCUAUCCAGCACCGAGAUUAGAAUCUGCUGUCACACCAAGACUACCAGAGCCCAGUGAUACCUUCCAACAAAUUCAAAACAGCGCUCAUCGAGAGGAACAAGACAUCGUCGAGAAUCCUGCCUUCCAAUCAGGGGACGCUGCAGAUAGCAAUAGAGAUACCUGUGGAGAAAAUAAGUCUCAGGGAGGAAUCGUUGUUUACAUCAGAGAGUUUUGUGAGGAAGAGGACAAUCCUCAAGAGUCAACCAGUAGGAGGACACUCUCUAACCAUCUGCCUGCAGCAAGACACACAUCAUUUGGCCGGUUCCCUCAUGCCUUCUUUCCUCUCAGCACAGUAAUCGAAGAGUCUGACACUGAGAUCCCCUUAGAACUUUGUCCUGAAUCAGACACAGACAUGAGCAUGUCUCAUGUUGGGGUGAUGAGCACCACGUUCACUCUGAGGCCCAAAGUGUCUCAAGAAGGACGAGAGGAUGGGAAAAAAGUGAGAAAGGUGUCCCUGGUGAACAACAGCAGCAUCAGAAGCAGUUCGGUGCUUCAUGAGAGUGUUGUGAAGGAAUUAGAAAAUGGUGUUAAAAGUGACACUGUGGAUAACGAAACCAGGCUCGAGACACUCGAUGAAUGGAAGCCGAGGCCCUACGACUACCGUAUUUGUGAAGGAGAAUCGAGAUCUUCUGUAACAGCCAGCUCGGAGUCCGAGGUGUCAGGUAGCACACACCUGUAUACUUCAUACUCCAGCAGCUCAGAAUACGAACCGAGUGUGCGCUCCUCCUCCUUCUCCUCCUCCUCCUCCUCCUCCUCCUCCACUCUCACCUUCUCUUCUGAGCGAGACUGGGAAACCCUCCCCUCUGCCGUCUCCCUGGAGACAGCUGGUAGCCACAGUAACACUACCUGGUGGAAUGCGAGGAGCGAAGUCCAGGUGAGCAGUGAGAGCCAGACGGAUGGGAGGAGCUGGGAGGAGCUUCCCGAACCUGCCGGGGAGAAUGAGAUGAAAAAAUCAGAAGGAAUAGCAAACACAGACUCACAUUACAGCGAGACGGACGGAUUCUUCUCCGGAGUCUUCAAAGCCACUCGGGUGGAGCUUUCCCCGACUGAGGCUGAUCCGGAAACCUCAGCUCUCUCCUCUCCACAUGAAAUGGACUCUCUGGUGGACACUCUGAAAAGCAUGGCACCUCCUGUUCGACACCGGUCUCUACGCAGCAACACCAGUCUGCCCUUCUCGUCUCUGCCUCCAAUCGUUGAAGAUGCCACGAGCCUGGUUCCUUUUGGAAAUUCCGAGAUCUCCAGCCCGACCUCUCCUACACCCGCUGAGCCUUUCAGCAGCCUGCCGCCGGACAUCGGGUUGAACUGGAGCACCUCAAAAGAUAUGCGUUCUCCACUCACAUUGAUGACCAUGCUGAAGGAGCAGCAGGGCCAGGAUCUUCAGCCACGCUCUCUUAUCAUAGCACCUAGAGCUUCUGCUCUCAGUAGCAUCAUCAUGCGCAAGAGCUCACUUCCAAAUCUUAACCUGGAUGAACCUGGAUCUCAAGUUAACGGCGUCUUAGGAAGCUCACGCCUGGACCACAGCUUGCUGUUUUCCAGUUACCGCAGUGAACAGAACGAGGAGAAUGGCAAGCCAGCAGGACAUCGCUCUCUGUUUCGAGCAGCCUCGUUGCCUGAGGUCAGCUCUGGACACGACUACCACAGCAAGAUUUCCAUAGCACCAGACUCACUCAGGUCUACAGGGUCCUCUCUUGAGCUGUCAUUCCUCACACCUCCAAGCUCUCUUCCAGGGUUGACCGAGACAUCUCGUAUCAGCAGAAGCUCUUUGGUCAUCCACAGCCCUACAUCUGAGAGUCCUACCUCCAACACCACACCUCUUCAUCUGGGCAGCCUGUCACCAGAAUCACAAGUUAAACCCCCAAGCCUGCAGAGGACCCUCAGCCUCGGCGCCACGUCCGUCAGAUCGCCAGUUCACGAUGGCGUUUUUGGUUUCACCCAGGUGUCUGGACCAGACAGGAGUCUAAUGGCCAAGUACAAAGCCUUCCCAGAUGCCUAUCUCACUAAAGAGAAGGAACAUGGAAAACUGAACCCUCGACCGGGGAAGAUGUUUAUAUACAGUCGUCCAGGACUGCGUGGACAGAGAAUCGAGGUGAAGGGAGAUGUAGUGGAUGCUACAGAGUGGGAGUUUUCAGAAACCAUCUCCAUUAGAGUUGUCCGAGGAGGAUGGGUUUUGUACGAGAAGCCGGAGUUUAAGGGAGAGAAGAUCGCUCUGGAUGAAGGAGACGUGGAGCUGACUAUUCCCUUCAGAGCUCCACAGGACGAGCCGAGAGUUGAGCAGAAUGGAGAACAGGAGGAUGAGAAACCUGGACAUGUAGAACAGAGACGCUUUGUCAUCGGGUCACUGCGCAGAGCCGUGAGGGACUACAGCGUUCCUGAGAUCUGUCUCUUCCCUGAGCAGAACGCUGAGGGAAAGAAAGUGGUGUUCAGGGACACAUCAGAUGACGCUCGUAUCUACGGCUUCCCCAUUAAAGCCAACUCCAUCAUCAUCAACGCUGGGCUGUGGCUCGUGUUCGCAGAACCGUUUUUCCAGGGCGUCCCACGAGUACUGGAGGUUGGAGGCUUCCCAAAUCCAGCCGCCUGGGGCGUCACCUACCCCUACGUAGGCUCCCUUCAUCCUCUGAAGAUCGGAGAACCGAGUGUGGAAAAACCCAACGAGCCUAAACUAGUGAUCUAUGAAAAAACAUAUUUCACUGGGAAAAGCCGUGAAAUUUACACCAACAUGAGAGACUUUAUAACCAGAACAGAUCAACAGCAGACGGCUUUCAUGUACAGUGUCGGGUCCAUGAAGGUCAUCGGCGCCAUAUGGGUAGGUUAUGAGAAGGAAGGUUUUCGGGGACAUCAGUAUCUGCUGGAGGAGGGCGAGUACCACGACUGGAGAGCGUGGGGAGGCUGUGACUCUGAACUGCGCUCAGUCAGGGUCAUCCGAACUGACCUGAGUUACCCCAUGGUGGAGCUGUUGGAGAUGUCAAGUGAGGAGGUGGAAGAAGAUCACACACUUGAUGUGACAGAGGCCAUUCCAGAUGUGGAGCUGUUUGGUUUCAGCACAUCUACUCGCUCCAUCCAUGUUAUCAGUGGAGCGUGGGUGGCGUACUCUCACGUGGAUUACUCAGGAAACCAGUACGUUCUGGAGAAAGGUUUCUACAACAACUGUGCUGACUGGGGCUCUGACGAUAACCGGAUCUGCUCCAUCCAACCCAUACUGCCUGCCCUGGCUGAUUCUCAGACUUUCCGCAGCGAGCUGUUACUGUACACAGAGCCGAACUUCCAGGGGACGUGUCAGGUGCACAGUGAGAGCGAGGAGUUCCUGCUGGAGAGACGCACAGUGCAGUCCUGCAGGGUGGUGGGAGGAAGCUGGGUUCUGUACGAUGCGAACAGCUUCUCAGGGAACCAGUAUAUUCUGUCAGAAGGAGAUUACGCUAAUCUCACCAGCAUGGGCUGCUCCAGUAACUGCAUCCUGAAAUCGGUUAAACCCGUCCCCACCGUGCUCACCGUGCCAGGAAUCUCUCUAUUCGGUUUGGAGUGUUUUGAGGGACGUGAGGUCUUGGUGGAGACAGAGGUGUCCAGCAUGAUGGAAGAAGGGUUUAACCCCCACUUCCUGUCUGUGAGGGUCAGCAGGGGCUGCUGGGUGCUAUGUGAGCACAGUAACUACAGGGGGCGCCAGUUCCUCCUUGAACCUAUGGAGAUAACAAACUGGCCCAAAUUUAGCUCACUCACGUCCAUUGGCUCCUUGUACCCGAUCCGACAGAAGAGGCGAAUCUUCCAGAUCCGUCAUAAGGAGAGUGGACUCUACAUGUCGGUGCAGGGUGGAGUGGAUGCUAUGAAGACAGGGCGUGUGGUGGUGUCUGAAAACGUGGAGGGUCUGAGUGACCUGUGGUUCUAUCAAGAUGGUCUCAUUAAGAACAAGUUGGCACACACUCUGAGUCUGCAGGUAGUGGGUAAUGUGGAACCAGGAGCAAAGGUGGUUCUGUGGUCAGAAAGCCGAACUCCUGUUCAGACCUGGAGCGCUACACUGAGCGGCCCCAUCACCAGCCUCACCUUCCCCGGCCUGCUGCUGGACGUCAAGGGUGGUAAAACGUACGAUAAGGAGCACGUGAUUGUACGGAAUGAGACUGAAGACACGCCCACGCCUCUAUGGGACAUAGAAUUUGUCUAAGCCCCACCCCUUUUAAUAAAUAUUUAUUUCUCUAACAGAAUGCAUCAGCUCAUAAAGGUUCAGGUUUACAUCAUCAUCAUCAUCAUCAUCAUCAUCAUCAUCACUUUUUCACACCAUUACAACUUCAAGCACCUUGAAAAAAUGAUGUCUGUCCACAUGAGGGAGCCCUGGAAUUAAUCAAAUAUUUUAAAACAUGAAACUUUUUUAUACAUAAACUAGUACUAUUACAGUCUACAGUAUAUUUAUUUAUAUAUACACUGUAUAAUAAAAGUUAAUGAAACAUAGAACUAAAAUGUCUAAAAUUUUCUUAAACGAGCUAACACAUGAACUAGCAGCUUAGCAGCCUCAAUAACCAACACAAACAUUACACAUGCACUGUGUUUAGCAAAGACUGGGCUGAUUGGGAAAAAACACACUUUUUGUUUAUGUAAAUUAGUAUCAUGGUGUAUUUGUAACAAAAUGUGAAAUAAGCGUCUGUUUUACUGCAGUAUGUUUUUUCGGCGUUAGCAUAAAAACCUACAUUAAGCUGUUUUUUUGUGCAUAAGCUCACGUUCAUCCACACACUGCUUCACAGUGAUGAUCGUUACAUUAGUCUUAACUACAACCUGUUUAAUAUCUGAGAGCGCAGUUAUGCUAAGUGUGCUAGGUGUGUUUACUGACAGUGUUAAUUUUAUAAACGUUUUAUGUUGAAUUAGGAAUAAAAGAGCACAGACAUCACAUGAAGUCACAGGUAGAAAGGUUGGGAGAGAUGAAGAAGUGAUUUCUGAUUAGAUUUAUGCUGGACCAGGAGUGAAACACUGAACUUUCAGAACAUUUUGCCUUUUUGGACAUUGAUUUUGUUUAUAACGCUUUAUAACACUUUAUAACGCUUUAUAACGUGGACUUUAAUGGAACAGUUUUAUUGUUUAACAUGUAAAUCUGAUAUUAUUAAUACCGGGGUAUGUGCUGGAUGUGUGUGUGUGUGUGUGUGUGUGUGUGUAUGUAUAUAUAAGGGGGGGUGUUUAAAUGCCAAAUGAGAGGCGUUACUCUGAGUAUUCAUUUAUGGGGUUUUUUUGUUUGUUUUUUUGUUCUAUUUUUGCUUUUUGAACUGUCGUGUGAAAUAUUCUGUAACGGGAAGCGGAUAGUUUUAUUAUUUUUUUUCAAAAUAAAUAUAAAUAACACAAA